CUGGGCAGGGGCCAGAUGUUUGAUGAUCCAGCUGUGAUGAGGAUAGUGGAGGGGCGGCCAAGUCUCAUGAGUCUUGACAGCGCCAUAGUGGAUUGUGGGUACGCCUUGUACAGGAAUACCAGUGAGGAUGAGAAGAUGAUACCCUCUUACAGAAGAAACAAGAGAGUCUCAGGAUCAAUACUUCAGGACAAUGCCAUAGUGUGUGUGAUUGGGCACAGAGGUAGAGGUCAGCAUGUGAAUGACAGCUUCCUGGAUUUACCGUAUCCCUCCUAUGGAUUUAGGAGAGGAGAACCCAGGGGAUCCUUCUCCAGAAGACAGUUUGGCCAAAGAGGGCCCCCGCAGAUCCAUACUUUGGUACCAGGAUCACCCAUUUUCUCACGGCAACCCCUCACACCACGACAUUUCAAUCAAACGGGGGGCUUCAUGUUUCCUCCAAACCGCCCUUGCUCCUCUACUCAACCUUUAACGCCCAAGAUGAUGCAGCUUCGCUUUGGUGCCAACUCUCCGAGGCCAUCGCAUUUUCACAGCCCCUCGUCUAAUCCAGUGCAGCCCAUCAGGUAGUUUCCAGGUCCAGUCACACAGCUACAUCCUCAGCAUAAACGACUACUUAGUCAAAAACAGCGUCUAUUCCAAAGAAAGUCCGAAGCCUGGGACCCUUACUGUAAUCUCAUGACGGGCAAAGAGAAGGAGUGGAUCACCAGGCUGCAGAUGAUCCAGCUGCAAAGUGAGAAUCCAUACCUUGAGGACUAUUACUACCAGGAGUAUUAUCGUCGAAUAGAAGCUAAGAUGGCUGAGGAAGAGCUGGGAAUCAGGAGCAAGAGGGAGCCACCCAAACUCACCACUCCUUACAUCACAAAAACUGACACCUACACACCAGUGGUGCACAUUGAAGGUUCUUUGGGUCAAGUUGCCGUGUCCACCUGCUACUCUCCCCGUCGCGCCAUCAGUGCAGUGAAUGCAGUCCAAGGUCAUUCUCCUAUCGAGGACCAAAAAGACACCAGCCAACAGCGGUUAGAGAUCCUCAGCAAAAUAGAAAAGUUAUUCAUAGUUCUGCUGGAGGUGGAGGAAACGGAAAGGAUGAAGACCACAGUGUUGUCUGAAGCAGAAGAGAGAACGUUGAUGGAGAAAACCCAGAAGAAAGUGGAGCUUAUAUACUCUCAGCUGGAACACCACAACUCUAUAGAUUCAGGAGAGGAGUUUCUUCCUUUCUUGGCUGUCUCGAAAGGGAAAAGGCUACUCGCCCGUCUACUGCCAUUCCUAAAACGCGAUUCAGCUCUGAAAAUCUUGCACAUUGUGUCGUCUAACCUUCAUUCACUGAUAAGCAGAGACACAGAGGAGGCCCUUCCUGUGCUCUACCCAUCGCUUCGAAAUGUGAUUGGUGGCCUGACGUUCAGUCAGCUCAUUGGUGUACUCAAAGAUCUGACGUCAUCAGAGUCUUUAGAUGCAUACGAGUGCCUCUCACUCACCUGUCAGAACAAGUUUGGGCUGUCUUUUCUGUAUGCUCUCCUGUCCCAUGGAGAGAAGCUGCUUUCCUCAGGAGUUCCUCUUGAGCCCAGCAUUGGUGACUUUGAGACUUGGACUGACAUAAUAUUCCAGGUGGCAGGACAGCUGUCUCAGUGCUCACUGGUGGAGCCGCUCCUGCUGCCCUCAAACCUGCUCACGCUCUUCUGCCGUUACCUGGACAAGCGCACUGUGCAUCAGCUGAAAAGCAACAUCGAGUAG